AUGUCAAACUCUCUCACUGAUCAAUUGUUUGACCUCGAGCUGGCUUUGACCAUGGUGGACGAUUCAGCCGGUGUGAUCCAAAUCUCAGACUUAUCGUCAUCUCACAGGAAUGACAUGCCGACGAUGACAGCAUCUGGGUUUUGCAGGGAAGGCGAUGAAUCGUUUGACCUUGACCAGGCUUUGACCAUGGUGGACGAUUCAACCAGCGUGGUUGAGAUCUCAGACUCGUCGGCGCCACACCGGAAUGACAUUCAGACGGUGAUUGCCUCUGCUGUUUGUACAGUCUGCAUGGAAAGCUUCCGAUCAGGCGACGGUGGCAAACAAGUUCCAACUUCUCAGUCUCCGGUGACCGGAAAAAUAUCCGGUAGCUCAGUUCUAGGUCGGCUCUGUGUCACCAAGAGCUCAAUAAUUGGUUACCGUGACUUUAGCUGUGACAAGUGUCGACACUUUUAUUGUUAUCGCUUUAUAUCAAUAAAAUGUUACGAGGAAACUGCGGCCGACUGA